AACGGUUUGGCACUAUUCCCUGGAUCAGUUCAUUUGCCUGGCUGAAGUUGCGUGUUGUCUGUGGCGUGCACUGUAUUUCUCUAGCCCUUUACCUCUUGAUUGUAGUACUAGUGCUUAUUUUAAACAGAAAUGGAGAAGACAAACGAAAUUAACGGACAUGCAGUGUCCGAAUGCUCUGUUCCCACGAGCAAAAUUCCAGUUAAAGAUGAUCAUAAAACCUUCAUGGCUAAAUUCGCUUUAUUUUUCAAAAGGAACCUGAUGGUGAUAUUGACUGUUUCGGGGGUCCUGGCUGGCGUCGGUCUCGGCAUGAUGGUCCGUAACAUGAAUCUCACCCGGGCGCAGAUGACUUAUUUCGCCUUCCCCGGAGAAAUGCUUCUGAGGAUGCUGAAGAUGAUAAUCCUUCCCUUGGUAGUGUGCAGCCUGAUCUCGGGGGCGGCCAGCCUGGACACCCGGUCUUUGGGUAAAUUGGGUGGAAUUGCGGUGUCAUACUUUUUGGUGACCACCUUGAUUGCCUCGGCCAUUGGAGUGGCACUUGCAUUUAUUAUUAAACCGGGCGUCGGUGCCGGUGGUCUUAACACCAAUAAGUUGGGGCUUGAGACCGUCUCUGCCAACAAAGAAACAACGGACUCCUUUUUAGAUCUCGCCAGAAACCUGUUUCCUGCGAACUUGGUUGCAGCUGCUUUUCGCUCAUAUGCCACUAAUUACAAGAUGAUCACUGCGAGAAACAACACAAAUGGAACGCUCAUCUACGAAAAGGUACCAGUUGGCAUGGAAAUCGAAGGCAUGAACAUUCUGGGCUUGGUUCUGUUUGCCAUGGUAUUUGGUGUUGCCCUGAGGAAGUUGGGUGACGAGGGGGAGGAGCUUAUACGCUUCUUCAAUGCAUUCAAUGAAGCCACUAUGGUCCUCGUCUCCUGGAUCAUGUGGUACGUCCCCAUUGGCAUCAUGUUCCUGGUGGGCAGUAAGAUCGUGGAGAUGGAGGACGUGGUGCUGCUGGUCACCAGCCUGGGGAAGUACAUCUUCGCCUCGAUUCUCGGGCACAUGAUCCACGGGGGCAUCGUCCUCCCCCUCAUCUACUUCGGUUUCACCCGCAAGAACCCCUUCAGUUUCCUGGCAGGGCUCAUCACUCCGUUCACCACAGCCUUUGCCACCUGCUCCAGCUCGGCGACCCUGCCCACUAUGAUGAAGUGUGUGGAAGAGAACAAUGGCGUGGACAAGAGGAUCAGCCGCUUCAUCCUGCCGAUCGGAGCCACGGUCAACAUGGACGGGGCGGCCAUCUUCCAGUGCGUCGCUGCCGUGUUCAUCGCCCAGCUCAACAACACCGAGCUCAACGCGGGGCAGAUCUUCACCAUACUUGUGACGGCCACUGCAUCCAGUGUGGGGGCAGCUGGCAUCCCAGCUGGGGGAAUCAUCACCAUUGCCAUCAUCUUGGAGGCCAUUGGGCUGCCCACCAAUGACCUGUCACUCAUGCUGGCUGUUGAUUGGAUUGUGGACCGUACCACCACAGUGGUGAACGUGGAGGGCGACGCCCUGGGGGCGGGGAUUCUCCACCACAUCAACGAGCAAGGGAUGAAGAAGCGGAAGCGGCAGCUGGAUGAGGAAGAGGAAGAUGAGCUGGCGGAGGUGAGGGUGGAGGCAGUGGCCAACCUGCAGGCGGAGCAGGAGACGUCGCCACUUGUCGUGCGGCAGAACCAGGACGUAAACGUCUCCCCCAGUGCCAGCGAGGACACCGUUGCCGUGGAAUCCUCACUCUGAGCCCCUCCCCCACAUAAAAAAAGAAUCCUGGAAUCUGUUUCACACUAGCCUUCUUUUACCUGUGAAGAUUACUGGUGGUAAAAAUGUGCCCUACUGUAAAUUGAGUGUACAUGGGGAUAUGUCUGCUGAUGGUUUGUAUUGUGGUUAAUUGUGUGAUUUCUUGAAGAUCCAGCUACCUGACUGUAAUUCUGCCACUUGUUUUUAAACUGCUUUUUUAUUCUUUUAAUCUGUUCUGUUCGGUGGAAGGAAACUGCAUCUGCGGUCAGGGUUUUAUAUUUGAAAAUGCACUUUCUUUUGCAUGAGUGAUAUGAAUGAGUAUGAGAGGUUAUGAGAUGGUGUAGUGAGGAAAUUAUUUACGGUGUAACCCCUCUGUCCUGAUUGUCUUGGCAUAGCAUGUGAAAUAUUAACCAUUUGCAGAUGAUGAGCAGGAAACAUUGUGAAUAUUUUUGAAGUUAGGCAUCAUUCUCAUCUGUGUGUUCAAAAUGAUAGCUGCCGUAAUAUACAAGUCCUUGUUUAUGGAUAUAAGUCUGCCUGGCAUUGUACCAUGUUCCAUUGGCUUCUGAGUGUUUGGUUUUUACUCUUUUAAAAACUUUGGGCGAACGUGAGAUUCUCAGCUUUCGUGUCUGGGUUUUCUGAAACAAAACCAACUGUGGAAAGUAACUGCCUAACAGCCCUUGGGCUUCCUGCCUAAGUCAGAACUCCAACCGGAUAAAAUAUGAUUUUAGAAGCAAAAUAAGGUUACAGUUACCUUUCCAAGCGAUGUGCCCCUUAGAAAAUGCUUGCACAUACAGGUUUAUCUUACCUGGCCCCUGUUUAUUAUAUAUAUAUAUAUAUAUAUGGUUUAUAUGUUUUAUCUUUUGGACGUUUGUGUAAAACUUGCAGUCUGCUGCCACCCAGAGGUAAAACUGUGUCAUCUCUUAAAAUAUAUAUUUAGACCAGGGUUCUCAAACUUCAGUCCUGGAGGGCUGUAGGAUCUGUGCUGCCCAGCCCUGUUCCAGGAGAUCUACCAUCUUGUAGGUUUUUUUCACAAGGUGUGUAGACUCUUCAGCCAGUCUUCAGUUAAGCACUUAAGUGUUUGAAGCAUGCUGAAAGUCAGCAGAGUCCUUCCAUGAUUUGAGUUUGAAGUUGAAAUCCGUGAUUUUUACCGUGUAUAUUUUAAGUGACUGAUAAUGAAAUAGCACUACUGGUAUUGCAUUUGACUGUCCGGCAUAAGAAUCGCUGUCUUUUUAUCUUAAAAUUGUGUUUUAAAAGGCCUUGUUUUUUAAAAAUUGACUGUGUUAAAAGGCCUUGUUUGUAUACAUAAGUACCCUUUUUGCAUAUUGUUAAUUUCCCCAGACCCACCAUUCUCUUCAUCUUAAAACCUUAAAAACGGCUAUGGCCACUGGUUUAAAAAAAAAUUUGAUUAAAGAAUACAUGUGAACUUUAUAGCCAUUAACUGACUUUCACUUAUUGGCAACUUCAUAACCUGAAGUAAGUGGAAAAAUAUAAAUAAGGGAACCUGAAAUAACUGAAGAACUACAAAUAAGGGGGAAAUGUUAGUGUGAUGUUUAGGAUUGAUUUAGUGGUUGAAGGUUAUAUUAUGGUAAAACACUGAUUAUCGAAAAGCUCUGUUUCGUAGCAUUUUAUGAUGGUAAAUGUAUAGUUUCAUGGCACUAUAUUCAAUUAUAUUGAGCAUUUCAGUAUUUUUUGUUUUUAACUUGUGAGGUGAACACUGUUGUGGGACAGACAGCACUAGCUGAUUAUAUUUUGAAUGUACUGGGGUAAGUCAAUAGAGACAAACCAUGCAAAAGGUAGAUAACAUGUUAAUUUAUUCUAAUAUUUUGUAACAUUUUAUAAUUUUUGAAACAUCUAUGAAAUAUUUAAUGCAAUCUAUUUUCCUACUUGAUUUAUUGAAAUUGUUGCCAAUUGGUGUAAAUUCAUUUUAAUGAAUUAACAUUUUUAAAAACUUUUUGCUUUUCUCUAUAGGCUGGCCAUUUUUGGAAAUGAUUUGGUUACCAAUCUCAUGUUUUGACUAAUGUUGUCUAGAUACGUCCUGUUUUGAAAUGUGAUUGUUCAACCCAGUUUCCUCAAAAUUCUCUAUAAUUUUUGCCUUGUCUACAACAUUUUAACAUUAAAUCUAAAGCAGCUGUGUCGCGCA